AUGGCCCCCAGCAAGCUUCAUCUCCUCUUGCUCCUCCUUGUUCUUCUUCUAGCUGGUGCCGUCACCUCCUCUCCACUCUGUGAGAUUGACACCACUGACCUCGAGGUUUGCCGCCCGGCUGUGACCCCACCGGACCAUGGCAAGACUUUGCCACUCCCCACUGACGCUUGCUGUUCAGUGGUUCGUCGUGCUGACCUUAAGUGCCUUUGCAGUCUCAAGUAUGCCCUCCCCUCCUUUGGGAUUAACACUGCCAAUGCCUUGGCUUUGCCAUCCAAAUGUGGCGUAUCACCCCCACCCGAGUGCCGUUCAUAA